CCUUUUUUACUCUUCUUUCUCUUAAAAAAAGAUGAGUGUGGCUUUUCUUAAUGAUACAACAGUUACAAACUUCAUCAAUGACACCAAGAUAUUUGACGAUUGUGUGAAGGAAAGUUUUAAGAAACUCGACAGGGACAAUGAUGGGUUCCUCAACAAGAAUGAACUUCGGAACGGGUUUGGGAGUCAGCCAUUAGAAUUAGAAUUAAUGGAUCCUGUGGAUGAUCUUUGUGAGGUUGUUUGUCAUAAAUUUAAUGUGGAGAAAAGUGGUGGGAUUGAUGAAAAAGAGUUUAAGUCUGUAAUAAGGGAUAUUCUUCUUGCUAUGGCCCUUGGGAUUGGGAACUUUCCUCUCCAAGUUGCACUUCAACAAGAUAGCUUUCUCAUGAAGGCUGUUGAACUUGAAAAGGCCAAAGAACAAAAAUAGGAAAUAGAUCAAUUAUAUUUCCAUCAAAAUAAGAUUUUUUUUUUCAUAUAUAGAUUAUUAAAACACUUUUGAAUUAAGUACUUCAAAUUUUGUGUCGGUUGGAAGUGGAUGUUGUGGUUCUACACAUUUGAAUAUAUAUCAAAAUGUAUAGUAUAUACAUUAUUUCCUGAUUGA